AUGCCUCUCUCCGACAAAGUCAUCAUUGUCACCGGCGGUUCGAAGGGCAUCGGCAAAGCCAUAUCCCAACGUCUAGCCCGAGAAGGCGCCUCGGUCGUCGUCAACUUCUCCAGAGACGCAUCAGCCGCCGAGGAGGUCGUCAAGGCCAUCGGUUCCGACAAGGCACUGGCCGUCCAGGCGGACGUCGGCUCCGUCGCCGGCGUAGAGAAGCUCGUCGGCGCGGCGGUGGAGAGGUUCGGCAGGAUCGACGUCGUGGUCCCCAAUGCUGGCAUCAUGCCGAGUCGCACUACCGAGAGCACAACGGAGGACGACUUUGACAGGGCUUUUGGCCUGAAUGUUAAGGGGCCCUAUUUCCUUGCCCAGAAAGCAGUCCCGCAUAUGGCAUCCGGCGGCCGUGUGAUCUUCGUCAGCACCGGCAUCGCAAAGGCCACCACCGUGGCUGCGCCAUACCUGCUCUACGGCGCGACCAAGGGCGCGGUUGAGCAGAUGACACGAAUCAUGGCAAAGGACCUGGCUGCCAAGGGCAUCAACGUUAAUGCCGUUGCGCCUGGGCCGACGGGGACGGAGCUCUUCUUCGAGGGGAAGAGCGAGGCCCUGGUUGAGAACAUCAAGAAGUCCAGUCCGUUUGGUCGGUUGGGAGAGCCCGAGGACAUCGCGAAUGUAGUGGCUUUCCUCAGUGGCAAGGAUAGCAGUUGGGUCGCCGGGCAGAUUAUUCAUGUCAACGGGGCGGCUUGUGUCUGA